GAAAAAAGUUGGAUGGUUGUCUAGAACGGAAAUCCGCCUUGGCGGACGGAAGUCGCGAUCCGCCAUUUUGAUUACGCUCAACACUACUUCAAAUUCAAGUCAUUCGAGCGUUUGCAAUUUGCGACUUGCGAGUCGUAAAUUAAUGGCCGCCGGUACCGACGCUAUUCGGCCGCCUUGUUGAGUUGUGUUUUCUUAUUUGAGUACAAAAGCUUGAAGUUUAUAACUUUAGGUUCCAUUUACUGCAUUACCGUUUUAACAGAUAAUUUAGAUAUAAAAAUAUGGAUGGGCCGCCAAACCGUGGCUUUCGUGGUGGUGGCCGUGGAGGACCACCGGGUUUAAAUCAAAGAGGAAGAGGCGGAUUUGAUAUGCGUGGACGGGGCGGUCCAGGCAUGCGGGGUAGAGGUGGUCCACCACGAGGCCUCCCGUUCCGUGGCGGACCGCGCGGUUUCCGAGGCGGUCCCAUGCGAGGUGGCGGCGGCGAUAGAGGUGGCCGUUUUCCUCCAGGUCCUCAGGGCCCAGGACCACACCCAGUUCCCACCAUCGAAUCGCGUGGAGCGCCGCCUCAACGACGAGGAGGCCGCGGAGGUCAUGGGAUGCCACCAGGGGGCCCUCCUGGCGGCCCGGGUGGUCCACACCCAGGUCCAGGCCCUGUAGGCCCGCGCCCUGCACCUCCCCAUGCUGCUGUAUCUGCACCGCCCAUACAGCCUCAACCAGCACAACCCUUCAAGAGAGGUGGUGGUCCACCUCAUGGUGGACCUGGAGGACCAGGUGGUCCACCUAAAAGGCCAAGAUUUGAUGGACCUCGUGGUGGUGGUCGUCCGCCACCUCAAGGUGGAUAUCAGCAGGUUGCUCCUCCACACAAUGCACCCCAACCAGCCAAUGGCUAUGGACCAUCGCACACUGGUUAUCAGCCUUACGAGCCACCAGCAGCUGAUCCUUAUACUCAGCCAUCAUAUAACACACCCAGUUCUUAUCAAGGCAACAGCUACUCAACACCAGCCCCUGCACAAACAAGUUCUGGUUAUAAUUCCAGUAGCUAUGGCUCAGGUUAUGGAUACUCGACAGGUGGCCAAGGUGGUUAUGAAAAUGAGGGGGCAUACAGUGGAGGUGGGGCUGGUGGAGCCGGUGACGCCGGUUAUGGCGGUGCUGAACCUGCGUACGGUGGGCAGGCACCUGCUUAUGACUCCUAUUCUCAGCCCUCUUACAACUCCUACCAACAACCACAACCACAGUACAACAAUAACUACGGUUUGGGAUGAAAUUUAUUGACACAUUUGAUCAAUGAAAUUGAUAUUAAUAAUGUUGAAGAAACAACAGCUCACUGUCUGAAGAAAAACUUAUCUUCGUAUUCAGAUGGAGUUUCCGGUGAUAAAGAAGACGACAAGGUGGCAUAAAUUGUGAUAUUUUACAAGAAUUAUAUUAUUAUUUUUACUAUUAUGUGCUCUUUUAUUUA